ACCAGUAAGUAAUAAGCCUAUCUCAGUCGUACUCUUACGGAACGACGCGCAACUCAAAAGCGUUCUUUUCACGGCGUGAAAGAGUUGAACGAGCGCGGUACUGAUUUUUUUUCAAAUAAUUUUCCGUACUAAAACACAAUUUAGUUAUGUGAACUGUGUAUUAACUUUGAGUAUUUUUUGUGAGAUUUAUUUAUAUUGGAUAUUGGAUAUUAUCUAUUUAAUUACUAAGUUAGGUCAGCAUGAUGGACCAGCAAACGGCCUUGGUGUUGGCCUUACAGUUGGUAGCCCUGUUUUCCAUAGCAGGAGCGCUAUUGUUGUACCUUAUCUGUAAGAUUCGUGGCAAUCACGAGAGUGAACUGUCAGAAACGUCACCAGGAGCUGGGAAACCCGUUUUGGUUACGUCGUGUGAUAACGCUAUUGGGUUGCAAAUGGCAAUUCAUUUGGCUAACAGAGGAUUUCGAGUGUUCGCUGGACUCAAAAACGGCGCAUCAUCAGGAUCGCCCGAGGAUUCCAUACCAGCUAAAGUUAUAAGGGCUUGGCAAAAACAUAGGGAGAGUGUUCAAGGCCUAGGAAAUAUAGUGGCAUUGCCUUUGGAUGUCACUAGGGAAGACCUUCUGUACGAGUCAGUGGAUAUAAUCAGGGCACACCUUCCUGCAGGAGAAGAUGGAGUAUGGGCUGUUAUUUGUACAAACGGUCUCACCUAUCGAGGACCAUUGGCUCAACAAGAUAUAGGUCACUGGGAUACCAUUCUCAAGACCAACAUCGUAGGUGUUCUGCGCACGGCUAGAACAUUCCAGAACCUACUGAAAAACUCAAAUGGCAGAAUCGUGACCAUUGGAACCACGGAUAAUAUGGGAGAAGGACUAGUUGCUUAUGCUGCCAGCAGAUACGCAGUUGAAGGUGCCAGCUAUGCUCUAAGACAAGAACUGUCUCCCUUGGGCAUCAAAGUAGUGACCAUCAAUCCAGUUGGAAUAUUACCAGAGUUACUGUUCUGUCAACCAAAAUUGGCCAAGAAUACGAAUCAAGAGGAGACAUCCGUGGACAUCAAUAACGGGACAGAGUUUCAACCUUUGGUGCUAUCCCCUAGAGCUCUGGAAAUUGUUGACGUAGCUUUAACGAGCGCAGUGCCCAAGACCAAUUAUACUUUAGAGUACAAAUACAAGUGGUCCAGACAACUUAAUCUCUGGAGACUUAUAUAAUAUUGUUGUUGUUAACUUAAACUUUACCACAUCAAACGGAAUGCUGUAGAGGUAUUUUAAAAAAGGUCAGAAGAGGCAACAAAAUGUGAAAAAUUAUAGUUGUAAAAUUUAAUAUUUUUUUAACCUUUUAAGCUAUAAAAUGUCUGAAAUGUAUUAGAUAUUGAUAUAAAUACUAAUAAUUGUGCCUGAAAUUUGAUAUCUAUACAGGGUGGUCCGAACUGUAUU